CUCAUCUCCAACAUCAUCCAGCUGCUGACUGGAGAGGAGUGGGAAUAUAUAAAAGGAAACCAGGCCCUUUACAGGGAAGGGAUGAAGGAGGAGGAGGAGGAGGAGCCCCAGCAGCUCCACCCACUGGACUGUGAAUAUGAAGAUAAGAGCAUUGUUACGGGUAAUCUGGAAGCAACAUUAUGGCCUAAUAAUGACCCAGCCAAGAUUUUAGCUGAGGAUUUGGUUAAUUAUGAACACAAAAAUCUCUCAAAACCUGACAUUUCUCCAGUGGAACAGCCCCCACCAGCAAAUGGCAUUAAAGGGGAACCAGUUUCAUGUGAAGAGGGAAUCGAAUCAGAUUGCGGCAUUAAUCCCCUUACAGAAGAGCCACAGAGAACAGAUUCACCAUACAGCUUGGCAGAUAAUUAUAUAUCAAAUGGGAUUAAAGAGGAGGCGGCUUCAUGUGAAAGCGUGAACCAAUCAGACUGCAGGAAUAAUCCACUUACAGAAGAAGUACAGCUAAGAAAUACACCUACUCCUAUCAUGGGAUGCAGCCUGAAUAACGGCUCGGCAGAGGAUUAUAUUACAGUAGCUAUUAAAGAGGAGCCAGCAUCAUGGGAAGAGGAAACCCAAUCAGAUUGCAGCAUUAAUUCACCAGGGGAACAGACUCAGGACACAGAUACACCUACUUCUAUCAUGAGAUUCUGCCUAAAUAGCAGUUUGCUAGAUACUAAUUUAUUAAAUGCUAUUAAAGAGGAUACACUGUCCUGUGAAGGGGAUAACUAUUCCGAUUGCAGCAUUAAUCCACUUGCAGAGCAGAGUCCCCCGGGCUGUAAGCCGUUCACAUGUUCCGAAUGUGGGAAAAGUUAUACCCGCCGCUAUAAUCUGAAAGUCCACCUGAAAAGCCACACAGAAGGUAAAACCUUCUCUUGUUCUGAAUGUGGGGAAGGUUUCGCAGAUCACACAGAUCUCGUUACUCACCGGAGACUCCACAUAACGCAGAAACCCUUUCCUUGCAAGGAAUGUGGGAAAUGUUUCACCAACUGCACCAACCUCAGGGCGCAUAACAAAACCCACACGGGGGAGAAGCCCUACUCCUGCACUGAAUGUGGGAAGACCUUCAGGGAUCGCUCGCACCUCAAUAUACAUAAGAAGAGACACACAGGGGAGAAGCCGUACACCUGUUCCGAGUGCGGGAAAUGUUUUGCCUACCGCUCAAACCUUAUGGUGCAUGUAAGGAUCCACACGGGGGAGAAGCCGUUCACUUGCUCCAAAUGCGGCAAAUGCUUCACUGAUCACGCAAACCUGAUUGUACAUGAGCGAAUGCACCGAGGGGAGAAAAGCUUCUUUUGUUCUGAGUGCGGCAAGUGUUUUGCACAGAGCACCAAGCUAACGCUGCAUCAGAGAAUUCACACCAAAGUGAAACCCUUUAAGUGCAACGAAUGCGGGAAGUGUUUUACGCAGAGCCCACACCUUAUUGUACAUCAGAGAAUUCACACAGGGGAGCGGCCCUACUGCUGCGCCGACUGUGGGAGAUGUUUUAUAAGCAGCUCGCGCCUUAACACCCAUCGCAAAGUUCACAAACAGGCCGAGGGUAACACUGGGGAUGGUAAAACAGUGAAUAGUUGAAUAUGUUAGAAGGGUUAUUCACCUUUAAGUUAACGUUUAGUAUAAUGUAGAUCAUAAUAUUCUGAGACUAUUUACAACUGGGCUUCAUUUUUUAUUAUUUGUAGCUUUUUCAUUAUUUCACUUUUUGUUCAGCAGCUCUCCUGUUUUGGAGUUUCAGCAGCUAUCUGGUUGCUAAGGUUCAGAUGACCUUAGUAACCAGGGAGCGGUUUAAAUGAGAGACUGGUAUAUGAAUAGGAGAGGACCCGGAUAGAAAAAAUAAGUUAUGAAAAGUUAAUGAUAAAACUGUAGUUUCACAAAGCAAUAGUUCUUUAGUUCCCAUUUGAAAUCUGCAAUGAGUUGCAAGAAGGCAAUUAAUUUCAAAACUAUAAUAAAUAAAAACUGAAGACCAACUGAAAAGCUGCUUAGAAUUGCCCAUUGUAUAACGUACUAAAAGUUACUAAAAAUACUUAAAUGUGAACCACCCCUUUUAAUGAAUAUUUUAAAAAUGUGUCUGGAAAAAAAAGUGUCACAGAGUUUUAAAGUCACAUGACUUCUAAGUGUUCCGCCAGAUACAAACCCUAAAGAUUCAGCCAAAUCAUGUGAAAGUGCUGGGAUUCAGCUGCACCCUGGGUUUAAUAAAGCAAUGCUUUUCUCCUGAGUGAUAUAUUCUUUAUAUUGCAGAGACUGUGGGGGAUAAGCAUAAUUAGCAGUUGCUGUGUCACAAUACUGUGGCCUUUGCUUAUAUUGCAGAGAGGAAUUUGUCAUUUUCUUCUACACAACUUCCCUCCGCAGUCCCAACAACAUGCAGGUAGAAUCAUAGUGUGUGUAGUGGGACCUGGGACUCCACUGUGGCAGGGACUUGCUGUGAUGUCUGUAAGCUCUUGUGGAAUCUGUUGCUAUUUAAUUACUAUUAAUGAGAGAUUUAUGUGAUAUUUACAGUUUCAGAUUAAUUUGCUAACAGGUAAUUAGAAAAAAGAAAAACAUAAAUUAAUAAAAUAUUAAUUAUUAA